CCCACAAACACAAAGAACCAUCUUAAACCCCCAUAUCCAUCCUCAUCCUCAUCCUCAUCCUCUAUAUCCCCCGCUCCUCUCUCCAACACCACCAACCUUCACACCUUCAUACUCUCUCAAAACAACCUCCUCAACUCUCGCUGCAAACGGUUGCUACCUCUACCAUCCUCUCCUGACGCUCUUUUCAACCUUCUCGAGAGACAUAAUUGAGACAUCACCAAUUUGCCAAGGGCUUGGGUUCUUACAUUUCAACAGCAGCGCCACCAAUCGAUCGUCAUCCGGGAUACAGAACCAGAGGAUCACCCUUUGCUCAACGGCCUUCGCGCAUACGAUCAACUCAUUUUCGGCCUCCAGCCAAGAUUUUGCUCUUAUCUACGACCUUUCGAGGACGCAAAUAGCCCUUUUGGAUCAUUAAUCCAUAUCCGCAAUGUCGCGGAACCUCUUAUAGCACAACGGUCCUCAGGGACGCCCCAAAGUAUAGGGUACUCGACGACGAGCACAUACAUACCCUCCGACGACUAUAACAGCGUCAGGCACUCUUUUCGCCUCAGCAGACCCCCUUCGUCGGAGCUACUGCGCAAUUUCAGCCUUACCAACGCACCGUUCGCUAUUACAUGUUCGAGAACUGUCUUGCUACGGACGAUAUCUCGCUAUCAUAUAGCCUUAUAACAAGCGACGACGCUGCUGCAGACUCUUUAUAUUCACAUCAUCAAGACCUCUAGCAACAAUGCCGAGAGAUACUGUUCGCCUUCUCGACGAGGACGAUCUCAUCAGAUGGCGCGAAGGAACCAUGACGGCCAUCCCCUCAAAGGACGAGCCCGGAGGUGCCCCCGACGCCAUUACCCAUUCCAACCUCUCAUCCACGAAACUACCAACGCUCACCGACUUCCACAAGGCCAAUAUCCAGCUUCGGGCCGAUACCAAGACAUCACUUCUCACAAAGGCGCUACAGCCAAGCCAAGACGAUAACAACGAUGAGACCUACAUGGCCAUUGAUAUGGCACGCAACCGCUCGUCCAGAAGCACAACGAGCAGCGCAUCCACGGCAGAUCUCACUUCCGAUGGAGGCCUUACCAGCCCUACACGCACAAGCACUCCGAGUCCCCCGUUUCCACCUUCCAGUUACAUGUCCUUGGCACCUUAUACGUUAGGACCUAAACUGUCACAAACUGCAUUCGCCCGCGCACAGCAGAAGAGCCAGGACCCCGCCCUAGCGCAACAGGUGGCAGCAUCGACCGUUCCGAAACCCGAUCCUGUCGUGGAAGCUCUCGUCAAGAAGCGAUGCAUCUCAUUCGCUUGUGCUGCUCAGAAGCCACAAGACUUUAUCAAGUCGACACCUUCCGCUACUCAUCCCAAGAACACAGCUGGUACGACGACGACUACGACAGCGCCAAAACGCACAAUCAAAUUUGCUUGUAACGGGCCGCAACCAGAUAGGCAGGCCGUCAAGGUCGUUGAACCUGCCAAGGUUGCUCCGCCCCUCACAGCCACUCCUGCGUCCCCAGCCAAGCCUGGACGUCACACCAUCCGGUCGCCUAUAUUGUCGAGAAAACUGCGCUCGUCCACGCCACAGCCGAAGGCUCAGCGUGAUUCGACAUUUACCAUACGUCGGGCGUCGCAAAGCCCAGCUGCGGUCCGCAGCCGCAAGCCGAAAUACAUCGUUGCCGAUGAGGAGGCCCUCGAGUCAUCUGAAGCUACGCGUUUCCACGAGUUCGCUAGCGAUGAGCCGCAAGAGGAUGACUGGAUUCGCAAGGACACGUCUACCAUCAAGGGAAAGCUGACCAUCCACGACACUCUCAAGAAGGAGAACGCCAUCCGACAGCUUGGCAAGGAAGCUGAGGAGGAGGCUCUUGAGGAUGACGAGGAUGACGAGGAUGACGAGGAUGAUGAUGAUGAUGAUGAUGACGAGGGGAACGAUGAUGAGGACGACGAGGACGAGGACGAGGAUGAGGACGACGAGGAUGAUGAGGAUGACAACACCAUGGAUGGCUCGGAUGUUGACCUGGGCGCCUCCGACGGCAACGAGACCGAUAACGAGGCCGGGUUUGCAGACUCAGAUGAGGAAAGCGACCGUGGCGGAGAGUUUCACUUCUGGUCACCUGGAAUGUCGACUGGCGAGGCCAGCGCAUUCAGGUCGUCAGUUCCCAGAGCUCCAUCCGAGUCAUCCAUUGACUCUCUGAGCCACAUGAGCCCCACUCUCAAUAGAACGGGCGGAACCCGCAAAUCGAAGGGAACUCGCAAGAUCAGAAUUCGCCCGGGCACUCCCGACCUACCCGACAGCACCGACUUCGUCUGCGGUACUCUCGACGAGGAUAGGCCGUUGGAAGAGGCAUACGUCUCCUGCAUGGAAGCACGCAAGCGCGAGAAGCGCCACGUCAUCCCACAAGACAUCGACCCAAGUUUCCCUACAUCCGACCCCGAGGACGGAGAGGACGAGAACAACGAAGUUGAGAAGCCGAACGAUAGCGAUGAGGGACUCUGGCUUCAUGGCAAGUUUGAGGAUUCGGAUUCCGAAACCCGCCACAGAAGACGCACUCGCAAGUCUCCCAAGCAUUCUCCUAAACGUCUCGUCUCCCCGCCUCCACAGAAAUACCGCUCUCCCCCAGCAGCGACAACCCGUCGCUCACCCCGUCUCCGCUCUCCUCCACCUCGUCGCGCUAAGUCGCCGCCGCCUCGCCGCGCAAAGUCACCACCUCCAGCUCGUGCCCGUGCUGUCAAAUGGCCAACGGCAUCAGCUAGCAUCUCCUUCGCGCCCAUGCCCAACCGCCCGGACCCUACACACACCAAGUCCCUCCCCCGCCGUCCCAACGCAUUCUGCCAACAAUACCGCGCGGCCCAACUCGCCUUUGCCAACGACGAGGAUAAUGAUAAUAACACGGAUGGGUACACCCGCGGUGCUAUCGAUAUCGUGAAGGGCCUGGAGCAGAAGAGGCAGAGGCGGAAGGAUAAGUUCUUCUCGAAGUUGUGUAAUCGUGCGAGGAAGGGGCAGCAGGUGGAGAGGAGGCCGCAGCCGGGGAAGGGGGCGGAGAGGAUGAGGGAGUUGGGGUUGCAGAUGGCGGGGAAGACGGUGGAUUAUAGGGGGGCGAAUGCGGAGUAUGUUUUGUCGAUCUGA